UGCCGCAGUGUCAGAUACCGAAGCAUGCGUGGGACACUGGUUGCGCGAGUUCUGUCCCGUAGAAUGAGUGCCCAAGGGGGCAGGGGUCCUGCCCCGACAGACCCCUUCGGUCAUUGCAGCGAUGUAGUGAAACGAGGGGACUACGACGGUUAUCUCUACAGCCUCCUGCAGGGCGCUCAGUUGAGACCAGCAUCACUAGCCAUUAGAGCGUUCAACGUGGAGACUGCCGCCAUCAAGGACUCAGUCCGAGGAAACGUUAUCCCGGGGAAGAUGCGGAUGCAGUGGUGGAAGGACACGAUGGCAGAUAUAUUCGUGGGGGAGCCGCCGCCAUACCCGGUCGCCGUUGCGCUAGCUGAGGUGGUCGCAAAUCAAAAAGGCGGACUUACGCGAAGAUGGUUCGACCGCGUGCUAGACGCAAGGAUGGCCGACUUGGACAGGACGCAACCAGAAACUUUGGAGGAGAUGGAAACGUACGCCGAGAACACAGCCUCAUCCCUCUUGUACCUAUCCCUAGAGCUUGCCGGGGUACGCGCAGGGGCGGGGCCGGGCGCGGCAGCCUUGGGACACGCUGCUGGACACGUGGGGAAAGCCGCGGGCAUCUGCACCCUCCUUCGGUCGCUCGCCCUCCCGCCCCCGCCGGCCGCGCUGAGCAGCGGAAGCAUCGGCUUCGCGGAGUCGUGCGUGCUUCCUUCCGACGUGAUGCGGAGGUUCUUGCUCCGACACGCCGUGCUGGAGAGGGGGCCGCAGGACGACAAGGAGGCCCAUGCGCUCGCCGAGUGCGUGUUCGCCGUGGCCUCUGUCGCGAAGGGGCACAUCGAAGCCGCGGAAGAAGGUCUCGCAGCGGCACGGGACGAGAGGGGGGGCAAGCUUCCCGCCGGAGCGUUUGCGGCUCUGCUGCCGGGAGUUCGGGUGGCGUGGUACCUGGAAACGCUACAGGCAUGCGGGUUCAACGCGUUCGACGAGAGUUUGAGACCUCAGAGCCCGUUCAAGUUCCAGCUGCGCUUGGGUAGGGCCAUGAUCACGGAGAAAUUUUGAAGGGUUAGUUUUGUGGCAACCUCUGAAAUAGCCCGUGUGGGUCCUCUUAUACGGAGUACCAUCCACGGUUCGAGUUCAAACAAACAUGAACGGUUGACAUGUGCUGUGGGUUCGUAGUAUUUUGUGGAGAUUCUUCCCCGAUCGGCAGGGCUGGCGGGCAUCAAAGUCUUCAGUUUGUUUGCGCUAGUGGCGUGCUCAAUGGCACGUGGCGAUGGAGGGGUUCAUACCAAGCGGCUGCGAAUAUCACAAUAAUUGCAUCAUUACCGGACACGUUGCAUACCAUGAAAUGCUGCCUCUCGGGUUUUUUCGUUCGUUUCUCACCACCUCAACCUGAAUUAUC